AGAGACAGCAGGAGAGGGGAAACUAUAGAGAGAAAUGGCUUCACACUCUGUGAGCAGCCACAGCUUUUCACAAUGAUCGCUACUGUUAACGCAGGGACAGUUCUGCAGUACACAGAUAACAAGAGCUGAAAAGGGAUUAAGAAAACUCCAACUGAUCCAAGAUUGAAGAACAGCGGAGUGGAGCUGGAAAAACAGAAGCCCACAGGAGGUAGAGGAUAACAUGAACUAAAGAGACAACCUGACAAAACCAAAACAUUUUCAAUCCCUAAAAAAACAACCAGACACACAGGAAGGAGACUGUGGCAGCUUUCUUCAGUUUUUUUUUUUUUCAAACAGCCAUAAAUGCCUUUUUGAAGACAAAACUUGAAGAAGCCGAAACUCUGGAAGAAGAAAAGGACUAACCCUGGAGUAUAGAACUAAUAUUCUGCUCAGCAGCAAAGAUGCCAAAGUCCUCCACCCAUCUUGGUCAACCUGGAUCAGCAGGUUCUAGAAGUCCCAGCUUAAGAAAAGAACAGCAGUUCAAUCGCUCAUGCAUGCUGCGGAUUGGAGAGAGGCUGAUGAGGGCAGGCAGUGAGAGCAACCUGGUCCAGAGACCCACUCCAGUGCAAAGUCAAAACCAGACUUCCUCAUCUGGAUUAGGGCAAAGGUCAAAUGGCAGGACACAAACUUCAGCCCAUGAGGACAAGCUCAAUCCAAGAAUCUCCCCUUCAAGAGCCUCUUCUGCCUCUGCUGUGGGGGACAACAGCAUAGACUGUCUGCUACAGAAGAAAGAACACACCACCAGAAGCCUGUUGUCUAACCCUGACUUCUCCUACAGUACAUAUCGAUGCUCUCCCAAUACCUUACCUCGAAGCUACCCCACCAAUAACAGCAGCAGCAGACACAGCCAGAUGGACAGCCUCAUAAUGCAGCACAUACAUGUGGAGAGGAAGAAAGAGGUGUUCCUGGACCAUGUGAGGCAAAAAUAUCCUCAGCAUACUACCAUUAUCAUGGGACAUCAGGACUGCACAGAGGAGCAGGUAAGGAGUCCCUGGUUUAUUGACAGUCCCCAAGGUGCUGGUGUCCCACACUUGGUGAAAGAGCAGAACAAGCUGGUUUCAAGUAGCAUGUCUGGUGGAGAGAUGAUACCCCUGUCUGCUGCCUUUACAAGGGGCUCUAAGGCCAGAGCAAGUCUACCUGUAGGCCGCUCAAGUGGUCAGACAAGAGGUUGGCCGUUAGGUGUGCUGUUCCUGCAGUAUGGGGAGGAAACAAAGCAAGCGUGGGUGCCCACAGAAAUCAGCAGUCAGGAUGCUCUUCGGGCUUUGUUUGUUACAGCUUUCCCUCAACAGCUCACCAUGAAGAUGCUACAGUCUCCAAACAUGGCCAUCUACAUCAAAGAUACCACCCGCAAUGUUUACUAUGACCUGGAGGAUAUUAGAAACAUCACCCCCAACUCCUUCCUGAAGGCGUAUCAUAAAGACCCUGAACAUGUGUUCAAACAUCAUGCCAAGUCUGCCACUGUAGGAGGAAAGAUCCCCAGAGAAGUGUUGUAUGGCAGUCACAGUCCAGUCCACACCUUGUCAUCAUCCAGUCGUGGCACCCUCCAAAGCCUGCAAGGUUCCAUGUCUCCACCCAUGGCCCGGUCUAUGCCCUCCUCCCCUUCCAGGGUGGCAUAUGGUGGAGGGGGCAGUGGGGGAGUGCGGGACCCCAGCACUACAUUAGCACAGACACUUCGCCUUUCGGGAGCAGGACGAUCCAGUGCUAUAUGCACCAGCAGUGCCAUCAUGGAGAGGAGAGAUGUCAAGCCUGAUGAGAACGUUGACAGCAGUAAGGUCAUGGCCUUGGUGGUGCGUGGUGAAGGAGGACCACAUCCAGACUCCUACUGCGCUUCCCUGCAGGAUGGAAUAGGUCGCCACAGCAUCUCCUCCCAGUGCAGUGCCCCUCCAUCUCUCGCAACAGAUGUGGUGAAUGUUGGAGUCCUAGGAAUCCCAGCAGGGCUGCAGCGGUACCGAGCCUCCAUUAAACCCCUGAUGGGCUAUGGAGAGAGCCAAUCUAAUCUAGAGGACAGGACCCAUUCCCUCCACAGGCGGAAGAGUAGGAAGUAUGCUGGCGGUCAGCUUCCCCCAAUGGGAACCAAAAUCCCGCCUAGUUCCCCUCACAGACUCAGUGAAGUCAGGAUGUUUGAUGGUGGACAAAUCAUCGGAGGUGUGGGCCUAGUGUCUCCUGAGAAGAAGUCACUGAUUCGCCAGUCCCUGGGGCAGGACAAUAACAGUACUACACUAGAGAUUACAAGCAGAAGCAGAGGAAGUGGAUCCUCAUCCUCCACCUCAUCUGUUUUUGCUGACAGUCCUCUCGGACAAACUGAGAGACUGUUUCAGGGCCAUAUGAAUGCCAGCAAUGCCCAAAGUGAGAGAAUCAAAGCCAUGGAGGAGCAGAUAGCCAGUCUAGCAGGGCUAGUGCACCACGCUUUGUCCGUAGGACCAGGAGACAAGGAUGCUGUCAGUGAGAGUCCAGAAUGCAACCUUAUAAACAACAGUCUUGGAGUAUCAUCUGAGCCUCAGAAUCCUGCUGCUUUGACUGACAGCUUUACCUCGAUCCAUCCAGCUCCUCGGGCCCCUGCUUCUGACAGCAGAAUGCAACAGCGUUUAGUGUCAGCCAAGAGGAAUGUGUGUGAGCUGCGACUCCAGUUGAACCAACUCAGACAGUUACAGUUAUCAAACCAAGAGACUGUGAGUUCUACACUGCAGAUGGCAGGCCACGAGCUAGUGGUGUUGAUGUGUGAUCGGCUGGCUCAAUUUGAGGAGGCAGCAUUCAGACAGAGAGCUGAAUUGGAAGAGGAGAGGACCCUCUACCUUGCUGAAGAGGAGAGAAUACUCACACAGCUUAGUGAACUGGAGGACUAUGUGGACCAUUUGCAAAAAAGCUCCAUUACCAGUACAAGCCAGCUGAGUGUAACUCUGAGAGAUGUAGAGGAAGGAGCGAUGAGCCUACGGGGGGUCGGGGAAACUCUGGCCAUUCUCAAAGGUGAGUUUCCAGAGCUGCAGAUGAAGAUGCGCUUGGUGUUGAGGCAGGAGGUAGAGGCAAUGCGUUUCCUGAAGGAGGCCCCUCUUAAGAUGGACUCCAUGUUAAAGAGGGUCAAAGCCCUGACUGACACCCUCAGCUCUCUCCGCAGGUGUGUGUCCGAGUCGGUCCCAUCACCCAGAUCAGCCCAGUUAGAGCCGGUAGAAGCUGUUGAACUGGGCAACGGACCAGCAAAGACCCAGAGUCUUCAGAACUCCCCAAAACCCCAACCUCGGUCCUCAGUCAGGCUGCCUCAGCUCACUCCUUCUCUCUCUGGGAGCCAGGCUGAGACCAGGUUGGUGGGCUUGCCGUCUCCGAUUGUGGCCCACGGAACGAAGAUCACAGCACCUUCUGUGGCCCAGACCUCCCAAAAUUCCCCCGGUCUCCCUCUGAAACCCAUCCCCGGACGGCACUCACCCACUGUGGCUAAGGUGCAUCCUCGCAGCAGAGAGGGCAGUCCCGCCCUGCAGAGGAGAACAGGUCUUCAGGAGUCUGACGAACUGGACCAACUUGCACCAACACCAGCAGAACACACCCACAGUGAGCGGACCAUGACAACAGAGAAACAAACUCAAGGGGGCAGCCUCAGUGGAAAAGCCAGCUGUAUGAGUCAGUCCAGUCCCAGCCGAGUGAAACAGCCAGCCAACUUCAAUUCUAGCCACACUCAACCUCCCAGCACCAGUAUCGGCUUUAACCAGGUCCUACAAGAGGUCCAGGCCAGCGUAAUGGAGUCUAUCCCUAGUUUGGAUGUGUCAGAAUUCAGAGUGAACAAUUCUGCCUCACAACAUACAGCUCGACUUGCAUCAAAAUCAGAACAGAACACACCUCUGAACCUGACACUACAAGGGGAGGAUCAGGCACUUGUGUUUGCCAUCCAGCAAGACACACCUUCCAAACAAAGUGAUCAAGGGGACUCCACUGAUUUAAAACCCCCAAACACAGCUCCAGCAGCAGUAUCACAGCUUCCUGCAGCCGCUGUGGACCUUCAGUCAUCGGUUGGUCUUUCAGCUACCUCAUCAGCUUCUCCUGGUGCCGAGUGCAGCAGCCGGCCACAGGUGGAAAAACCACGCCGCUCCAGCUUAGACAAGGAGAUGAAGCACAGUCCAGACAGGGCAGGCAAGAGCCCUCCUCCUCCUCCUCCACGGAGAAUUCAUGCUGUCACUUCAGGUCUUACAACAGGAAGGUCAGGAGAGGUGGUCUUUGUAACUAGGAAAGAACCUGUUGGAGCCCAGCAGUCUGCACAGGAUGAAGCUGAUAAAGAAAAAGAGCUACCUCUAGUUCCUCAGCUCAAACCUCCACGACAGCCACCAGAGGUCAAACACAAACUCCAGAUGUGCACUGCUGCACAUCUGGCUAUAUCCACCUCUGCCCCUGCUGCAGUGUCAGCACAAAGACAAGAGGAAGAGGAAGAGGAGAAAUUCUUGAAAGAACUGCAGACCUCCAGCAGCACCUCCGGCUCUUCUGCUCUGCGAUCUCAUGCCAAAUCUCACCGUGCCUCUGGUUCACCAGAAAAGACUCCUAAGGGCCAGCAGCAGUUCACCCAGAAACAGGCCAGCCAGCCACGCCUUGUCAGCACACCACGUUAACAUGAGUCCAGCCCACCGUGGGCUUCGCAGCAAUGGCAAGUGUCAGCAUCGCCUCGUCUUCACCUCCACCUCCAUCACGUCCACCUCGGCUAAUAUUACUCCUCACCCUCCUCCUCUAUCUCGACUUCUUCCCCAUUUUCUUCUCCCCCCAUCACAGUGACUCAAGGGGCAAAGAGUGUACCAACCCCAGCAUCCAACCCCAACUCUGCAGGAUGUAGCAAGAGACGCACAGGGAGCCAAGCUGUACGUGUGCUGUGCACGACGGGCACUGUAAUGGCUUCAAAGGAUACAGACAUAUCACUGUGUAUAAUGCAUGUAUAAUGGCAUUUAAUGGCAUCUGGAAACACAAAAUUCCUGAACAAUAUUACUAUGAGAGAAAAUGCCACACAAGACCACACAGGCCAAAAAAAGUAACUGAGAAAAAAAUCCCAAAUGCGAAGAUACACAAUAAAUAAAAGUGUCAUAAAGAUGCCCAGUUGCUUUCUUUCCAAGUGCUACAUGUAUGAUUUUAUCCAUGCACAUAAACAAGCAAAUUAUUCUUAACGUGUGUUUAUCCCCUAAUCACCAUUAUCAAAAUGUGAGAUGACAAGAAAUUAAGGUCCGGUGAAGAUGGCAUUUCUUUAGCUCUUCAGUCCUUCACAGAGAAGUCCAGAUGUUAGAACAGUGUGUUAAAUGUAACAUGCUUCACCAAGCUUUUUUAGAGUCUUCAACCUGUAUGUCAAAAAUGUAACCAGUUAUAUUGAAUAAAAUUGUCUCAGUAUAUUAACUUUAAUCCAUAAAUAUUUCUUUUACACGAUCUCCAUGCAGAUGUUGACCCUGUUCUUAUGAGCUCAACGACUACAGAUAAUCAAGUGAAAAUAUUUCCCAGCAGAUUGUAAAUGACUUCAAAUCAGCUCGGCCUUACCCAUCCACUGCACUAAAUUGCUUAAGUAAUUUCAUGAACUGAAUAUAAAUGCUAGGGCUAGUUUAGUUCAAUAGCAUAAUAUAUAACAGGAACACAAGGAAUAUUUUUAACAGUGUAAUUACCUUUAUUAAUGAUGCUCACAACCUAGCAAGGUUUACUUCUAGUGGAGUAUUUGUAUACUACUGGGGCAUUUAUUAAACCAAAUACUUCUUUCACCACUGGUGUUUGUCAGUAAAUAUUUUGAUUGUUACUGUAGAAGACAUUUUUAAGAUAUUUUUCCUCUUUGCUGCAAAUUUGAAAUGCUUAGUUUAAAAAAAAAAUCCUAACGCUUCUUCCUCCUGAAAGAACUGCAAAGAUGUCCAUAAAGAGUUCACGAGACUUUCAGUGAAAGACAGACAUUGCUAUGGUUUAGUCUGCUCCAUUGAGUUACCAGUUAGCUAUUCAUUAGUUGAUAAAUCAGCUGAAAUCCAUUGAACUGGAUUGCGCUGUUUUUUCUGCCUGUCAUAUUAUCUUUGUCUAUGAGUUAACUUCACAACAUGCCCACAACAUUUACACCCAUUGGUCAGUUCUUCAGAAGAGAAAUUGAACCAAAUAACACACUGUAGUUGCUGUAUUCAUCAUAAUGAAGCCAUGGUUUAGUAUUUUUCGAAACCAUUUUUCCAGAAAGCUUUUCCUGGUGUUUUUUUAGGUUACAGCAGAGAGCUUUCUGUCUUGGGGGUUCAAUACUGCUGAAUAUAGAGGUUGUGCCUAUCAGAGUUUAUCCAAAAGACAAUCCAAUACAGACUGUAAGCUGUUUAAGAAUUUAAUGUGUAAAACUGUCAGUAUAGAGCUUUUAUGUAGCUACUUUCAACAUGAAGUG